UCUCUUCAAUCUUAUUGUUGGAUUCUGGAUUUUCUCCCUUUUUCUUAGAUUCUUCUUCAUAGAUUCUACCUACAUUCUGAGAGAACUCCAGCACCAAGGGUGAACAGAGGUGGCAGGAUGUCUUUGCCCUUCUACCAAAAGCGGCAUCAGCACUAUGACCGUGGUUAUCGCAGCACAGAACUGCAGUCUACCAUGAGCCAGUACCAGCGUGAAGAGAAGAGUCACUCCACCGCACACAGCAGGCAUCAUGGAAUAUCAUCUCAUAAAUCAUUAGAGGAUACAUCAUAUAAGAUGAGUCCUAGGGCAAAACGGUCAAAGCUUUUAGCCACAGAUAAAGAGAAUGAAGAUCUAGACUACGUGGUUCCUGUCUUCAGAGGACGGAAACAAUAUGUUAGUGGGAUCACUGAUACAGAGGAAGAGAGAAUCAGGGAGGCCGCAGGAUAUGUUGCUCGAAGAAAUCUACUUUCCAGUGAAGGAGUUAAAGUGUCCAGAAGCGCUUAUUCAUCAGCAGCACAUUCUGAGAGCUAUCAGAAGAAAUCCAGGAGUGUUUCCAUACGUGAAAAAGCAGAACGUCUAGCUCUCAAAAAGACGAUAGAAGACACUGAAGAAUUUCACAAAAAGAUAAAUGAGGACAUGCUGUUACAUGCUCCUGUCUUCAUCAUCAAGCCUCGUUCACACACUAUUUGGGAGAGACAAAACAUAAAAUUUCACUGCACAGUGAGUGGAUGGCCCGAGCCACGAGUCACCUGGUAUAAAAAUAAUGUUCCUAUCAAUGAUCAACUUCAUUCUGAGAAAUACAAAAUUGAAGGAGAAUACGGACUUUACUCACUGGAGAUUUUUAAUUGUGAUUUUGAGGAUACAGCUCAGUAUCAUGCAUCGGCAAUGAAUGUAAAGGGAGAGAACUCUUCAUAUGCAUCGCUUGUGGUGAAGAGGUAUAAAGGAGAACUAGAUGUUACACCCUUGAUUCCAAAGGGUGAACCAUUCAGCUUUUCUGUCACUCCAUACGGCUUUGCUACUAAGUUUGAUAUCCAUUUUGUUGAUCCAUUCGGAGUAUCGUUUGGUAGAGAAGGGGAAACAUUGAGUCUUGGUUCCACAGUCAUCGUUCAUCCAACCAUCAAACGCUUCCAGCCACAAAUCCAGUGGUACAGAAAUGGCGUUUUGGUCACACCAUCAAAAUGGGUCAGCACUCACUGGAGUGGAGGACAUGCCACCUUGACUUUAAGGCACCUCAAUAAGGAGGAUGAAGGGUUGUACACUCUGCGAGUUGUCAUGGGAGAAUACUAUGACCAAUACAGUGCCUAUGUAUUUGUCAGAGAUGGUGAACCGGAGGUUGAUGGUGCUCCUUCUGCUCCUCUGGAUGUGGAAUCUCUUGAUGCUAACAAGGACUAUGUAAUUAUCUCUUGGAAGCAGCCUGCAGUUGAUGGUGGGAGUCCAAUUCUGGGAUAUUUUAUUGACAGGUGUGAGGUUGGCACAAGUCAUUGGACUCAGUGUAAUGACACUCCAGUGAAGUUUGCCCGUUUCCCAGUGACUGGUUUGAUUGAAGGAAGAUCAUACAUUUUCCGUGUAAGGGCUGUAAAUAAAACUGGAAUGAGCAGACCUUCUCGUGUGUCCGAGCCAGUGGCAGCUCUCGAUCCAGCAGACAGAGCCAAAUUCAGAAGUCGUCCUUCUGCUCCAUGGACAGGACAAAUCAUUGUAACCGAAGAGGAACCCACAGAAGGAAUUAUUCCUGGGCCACCAUCUCAUCUGACUGUGACAGAAGCCACCAAAAACUAUGUGGUGCUGAGCUGGAAGCCUCCGGAAUUGCGUGGUCAUGAAGGUGUCAUGUACUAUGUAGAAAAGAGUGUCGCAGGCACAGAGAACUGGCAAAGAGUCAACACAGAAAUCCCAGUAAAGUCUCCUAGAUUUGCUCUGUUUGAUCUUGCGGAAGGAAAGUCCUAUAGUUUCAGGGUUCGUUCCUGUAACUCUGCCGGAGUGGGGGAACCUUCGGAGGCAACCGAGUCUACUGUAGUGGGUGACAAGCUUGACAUCCCCAACCCACCAAGUAAUCUUGUACCUACAAGGAACACAGAUACAUCUGUGGUUGUUACAUGGACAGAGUCCAAGGAUGCCAGAGAGCUGGUAGGAUACUACAUUGAGGCUAGCAUUGCAGGAUCCGGCCAGUGGGAACCAUGCAACAACAAUCCAGUGAAAGGCACAAGAUUUAUUUGCCAUGGCCUUCUCACUGGCGAAAAAUACAUUCUCCGAGUCCGAGCUGUAAAUGCCGCUGGUCUUAGUGGCUACUCUUCUGACUCUGAGGCAAUAGAAGUAAAAGCUGCCAUUGGGGGAGGAUUGCCACAUGGUGCGUUCCCUGAACUGAGUGCUUGUGCUGAUGGACUAACAGACUCCCCUGCAUGUCGGGCAGUCAAGCAUGAGUCCACACAGCAGUCCCCCAUCACAGAUGCAUUGCCCAAUAGCAGUGCUAACACCAAAAAUAUCUCACCAAGUAUAUGUGAUAAAGCUGGACCUGCAGGAGUAAGUAAAAUAAGUGCAAGUAAUGAGUCCAUGGCUCCUACAGCUUCGCCACAGGAAGAAGGAGCCGAGUAUGAAACGGUCCCCUCUGCUCCUUAUGACAUCACUGUUCUCGAGAGUGUUCGUGACUCUAUGGUGAUUGGUUGGAAGCUGCCGAAAAUCACUGGAGGUGUGGACAUUCAAGGCUACUACAUCAACUAUCGGGAAGUGGUGAAUGGUGUUCCAGAAAGGUGGAAAGAGGCCAAUGUCAAAGCCAUAACUGACAGGGCCUACAGGGUUCUGAACUUGAAAGAAAACACACUCUAUCAGUACCAAGUAGCUGCCUGCAACAUGGCAGGGGUAGGGACACCUUCCCAACCAAGUAAAUCGUUCAAAUGUGAAGAAUGGACCAUUGCUGUGCCAGGACCACCACAUGAGCUCACUCUCACUGAAGUCAGGAGUAACUCUAUGGUUCUGUUGUGGAGAACUCCAAUCUACACUGGUCGUUCUCCAGUGACCGGCUUUUACGUAGAUGUUAAAGAAGAGAAUGCUCCAGAAGAAACCUGGAGAGGUGUGAAUGAGAAACCAACCUCUAACACAUACAUUAAGAUCGAAAACCUGAAAGAAGGUGCUCACUAUGUGCUGAGAGUGAGAGCUGUGAACCAGGCCGGUGUAGGAAAGUUAUCUGAUGUGACGGAUCCAGUCCUUGCACAAACCAAACCAGGUACCAAGGAGGUAGUUGUGGAGGUGGAUGAUAAUGGAGUCAUUUCACUGAACUUUGAGUGUGAUCAACUUACUCCAGACUCCAAAUUUGUGUGGUCCAAGGAUUAUGAAGCAAUAGGUGAUGAUUCAUCUAGAGUAAAUAUCGAGACCAAAGGGGGCAGGGCAAAGAUCUCUUUUAAAGACCCAUCUGAAGAAGAUAUUGGCAUUUACUCCUGUGCUGUUACUGAGACAGAUGGUGUUUCAUCUAGCUAUACAAUAGAUGAAGAAGAGCUCAAGCGCCUGUUACAGCUCAGCCACGACUGCAAAUACCCAAUUGUUCCUCUGAAGUCUGGCUUGGCUGUAGAGAUCUUAGAAAAGGGACAAGUUCGCUUUUGGAUGCAAGCUGAGAAACUCUCUAGUAAUGCUAAGGCCAACCAUGUGUUCAAUGAUAAGGAGAUUAAACAUGGAGAGAAAUAUAAGAUGAACUUGGAUAGUAAGACUGGCAUCAUAGAGAUGGUUAUGGAGAGCCUUGAGAAUGAGGAUGAAGGGACCUUUACCUUCCAGAUACAAGAUGGAAGGGCAACAAACCAAUCUAGCCUGGUCCUUAUUGGUGAUGUAUUUGAUAAAUUGCAGAGGGAAGCCAGAUUCCAGAGACAUGAAUAUAUCCGGAAACAAGGUCCACAUUUUGUGGAAUAUCUUGCAUGGGAAGUUACUCCGGAAUGCAAUGUUCUGCUAAAGAGUAAGGUUGCUAAUAUGAAGAAUGAUACAAGCAUCACAUGGUAUAAGGAUGGAAUGGAGAUAAUGGUUGAUGAGAAGCAUGACUUUAAGGAUGGUGUAUGCACAUUGCUCAUUACUGAGAUUACUAGGAAAGACGCGGGCAUAUAUGAGUUAAUCCUGAAAGAUGACAGAGGAAAGGAUAAGAGUGUCCUGAAGCUGGUGGAUUCAGCAUUUGAUGAUCUCAUGACCGCAGUCUGCAAAGUGAUUGCUGAGUCUGCAACACAAGUCAAGAUCCAGAGCAAUGAAGAAGGCAUAAGAUUGUAUUCAUUUGUAAACUAUUAUGUGGAAGACCUGAAAGUGAGCUGGGGACACAAUGAGAGUAAGAUAAAGUACACAGAUAGAGUGAAGAGUGGAGUCACUGGAGAGAUGUUAUGGCUACAGAUCAAUGAGCCCACACCAAAUGACAAGGGCAAAUAUGUGUUGGAAAUGUUUGAUGGGAAAAAUACUCACACAAAGGAUUUGGAUCUCUCUGGACAAGCUUACGAUGAGGCCUUUGCUGAAUUCCAGAGAUUGAAGCAAGCUGCAAUAGCAGAAAAGAAUCGCGCCAGAGUGAUAGGAGGAUUGCCAGAUGUUGUUACCAUACAAGAAGGAAAGUCACUUAACCUGACAUGUAACAUCUGGGGUGAUCCAACUCCAGAGGUCACCUGGCUAAAGAACGAGAGGGAACUGACCGGAGAUGACCACUGCAUCCUUAAGUUUGAGUCUGGGAAAUAUGCUAGCUUUACCAUUACCACCGUCUCUACAUCUGACUCUGGCAAAUACUGCAUUCGUGCAAAGAACAAAUAUGGCACUGAAACUAAUGAUUUUACUGUAAGUGUGUUUAAUCCAGAUGGUGAAGAAGUAGUGGUGGAGGAGGCUCAGACUGAUGCUAAGAAAAAAUAAAGGGGAAAAUUUAGGAAGGUAGAAUGAUGUUGAGUGCUAGUAGCGAGUGAAUGGGUCGUUGCUUCUUAAACCCCUCUUAAGACCUCUCAGCAGCCAAAGUUUUCAAGGUACAACAAUGCAAUUCCCUAAUACACAUUAAUAGUGAGUCCUGAGUGGAUGUAGAAAUCCUAAAAAUAUGCACCAUUGGGAGGAAUUAAGAGAUGGUUUUAGAAUUGACGGCCUAGUAGUUGACUCCACUCCUUUAACCUACCUCUUUUCUAGUUUGCAACUUAAUUUACUGGCGCAACUUAAAGUAUAUUAGUCACCUACACACUGUGGUAGCCAUUAUAUAGGCUGAGAUAAUAUUCCUAUCUAUACGCAUACAGCUACUGACUAUUAAUGUCCAUGCUACAAUUGGACAGAACAAAAUGAUUGUCUCAACUUGUAAAAUAACACACUCCAGUGAUGAGGUGAUUGAUAAAGUUUAUGUAUACUGUGAAUCAAAUGACUUAGAGAUAGAUACUAUAUAUAUCAUUAUAAUAAUGGAAGUAUAGUUUCAUAUGUUCCCAUGUUUCUACAUAUAACAUUAGUCUUUCAUUCAUUGUCCAUGUUUACUUAAAUACCUUUGGUAUGAUUACUUAGGCUUCAACUCCUAAAGCAUAAUCAUAGGGAGUUCAACCUAAAAUUAAUAACAAACCUAAGGUAAAAAUAUCUUAUACAAAACAGUGUAAAAAGAUGUCUAUUCUGCUUUUCUCCUAAAGGGAACCCAUCAUGAUGAAAAUACAGUACAAACUGUGGACUGGAUAGAGCUAAGCAGAUUGAUGAUACAUGUUUUUGGGGUAAUAUUCAGUAGAACUAAGCAUUUAUUUAUUUUUAA